AUGCUUACGCUUUGCUCAGCACAGCUCUGCAUGCUGUUCAGUCUGAUGCUGCAUUGCACCUUCGCUCAAGGCGCUCGCCUGCUGCUCUUCACUGCAACAGCACAAGGAGCAUAUCGACACGACAGCAUUCCCACCGCCAUCCAGACAAUUACAGCGCUAGGCAACGGAGACAUCUCGCUGUCAUCGGAUGUCGCUGAAAGCGCCGUUUCUGGCGCUCGGUGGGAGACGGUAGCUUCGGAGGAUGCUGGACUCUUCACAGAGCAGGGACUCGAGCAAUUCGAUGCGAUCGCCUUUGUCCACAAUACGUGAGCUGAUGCGGACUCUUGCUGCUGAUCUCGAGUGCGUCGGGUAUGCCAAGUGGGUGCGAGGAACGACAUUGGUGCAGUCUCGCUGCGAGAUGCGACCUGUGGGCUCCUUCGAAAGUGGUACUCGACUUGACCUGCAGGACGUCAGCUCAUGCCGCGCAACACAUUGCUGCUUCCCUCUUGUUUCCCUUUUGCCAGCGACGUAGAUCCGCCGGGAACUGGGACCAUCUUGUCCUUCGAUCAAGCAUCUGCUCUCCUUUCCUACAUUUCCUCCGGCGGCGGCUACGUUGGAGUGCACAGCGCCGCCAACACGCUGUACUCCACACCAGGAUAUGGCAGACUGGUUGGGAGCUUCUUUGACUAUCACCCUGCACUGCAGCGCGUGAGCAUCGGUUCUCUGAGCAAGGACCAUCCAAGCACCAGUCGCUUUCCCGAAUCCCUCAGCAUUCGGGAAGAAGUGAGUAGCAGAGGCGUGCCAAGUCUGUGCUCGUGAAGCUGCAUUGCUGACGACUUCGAUUAUUCCUCAUCUGAUCUCCUCACCGUGCCCAGGUGUAUCACUUCCGCACAGAUCCACGUCGACUUCCAUCUCCGGCACACGUGCUGCUGACCAACACCUCAGCCUUUCAAGAUCCGGGCGUGAAUGCGCAAGGCUUUAGGAACGGCUCGGAUGGAUCGCCCAGACCUUUGGCGUGGUGGAGAGAGGGGAAUCUGUUGGACGUACCCGAAGAGGAGCGUAUCGGCGGAGGUCUGGACGACUACGAAGGCGACGGCAAUCCUCGAGGUGGUGCCGGUGAGCGAAGCACCGCCUCGUCGUUGACUCGCUGCCCAGCUGAUCACAGACCGUCGACUCGCUUUCCCAUGUCGAUCUUGAUAGGGCGCAGCUUCUACACUAGCCUGGGCCAUCUGAACGAGACGUGGCAGGUAAGUCUGCUGCUUGCUGAGGCGUCGAGUGGUCGGUGUAACGCUAAAGGCGAUGGGACAUCCACUCCUCUGCCUCCCAGGAACCCGCAUUUCAAGCACACAUUGCAGGCGGUAUUCAUUGGGUCUUGUCGAGCCCGUGAGUCUUUCGCUGAAGUUGCACACAGCCUCUUGACUGCUAAGAGUGCUCCAGCACACACACGUCUCCCCCCUUUUCGCGAACGUAGAACUGUGAAGAGCAACACGGGUAGCGCUUCGAUAGGCUCCAGCGGAACACCCACCGAUCAAAGUGGAAGACCUACCUCCACCGCUAGGGACCAGAUCGGCGCUGCAGAUGUCGCGGCCAGCCCUGUCAAGGUGUCGCCUGGGGCCAUGUUCCUGUGCGCUGUGGUGCUCUCUUCACUAUGGGCAGUACAGACGUGA